UUAAGGCUGGAGAGCGGCGCGGGCGGCAGUUGCCGAGGCUUCGCUCUAGACGUGGCUGUGUGGACGCUGCAGUUCGCGGACCCAAGCAUUCCGCGGCCGAGCCCGGGCGUCGGCGGCUGCAGGUCGGGAGCGCGGCGUCCUUUCUCUGUAACCAGCGACCCUGCUUUCCUCCGCCACUCGGUGCUGGUGUCCACUCGUCCCGGGCCUAGCGCGGCUGCCCCUCCCUCCGGGAAGGCGGCCGGCGAGAUGUUCAAAAACACGUUCCAGAGCGGCUUCCUCUCCAUCCUCUACAGCAUCGGCAGCAAGCCCCUGCAGAUCUGGGACAAAAAGGUACGGAAUGGCCACAUCAAAAGAAUCACUGACAAUGAUAUCCAGUCCCUGGUGCUGGAGAUCGAAGGGACAAAUGUUAGCACCACAUAUAUCACAUGUCCUGCAGACCCUAAGAAGACACUGGGAAUUAAGCUUCCUUUCCUUGUUAUGAUUAUCAAAAACCUGAAGAAAUAUUUUACCUUUGAAGUACAGGUACUAGAUGACAAGAAUGUUCGUCGGAGGUUUCGAGCAAGUAACUAUCAGAGCACUACCCGUGUGAAGCCUUUCAUCUGCACCAUGCCCAUGCGGCUGGAUGACGGAUGGAACCAGAUUCAGUUCAACUUAUCCGACUUCACCCGGCGGGCAUAUGGAACAAACUACAUUGAGACCCUGAGAGUACAGAUCCAUGCAAACUGUCGGAUCCGACGGGUUUACUUCUCAGACAGACUCUACUCAGAAGAUGAGCUGCCAGCAGAGUUCAAACUGUAUCUCCCAGUUCAGAAUAAGGCCAAGCAAUAACUGGAGUGCAACUCAAGGGAGAUAGACCCUGAUGCUGACUCUUAGUUUUACAAGGAAACUAUAUGGAGACAAUGCAAAGAACCAUAUUUAUAUUAAUUCACUGUGUUAUGGUUCAUACUACUUAGUGUCCCAUGUUGUAGACACCAGUGACCAUACCAUAACUCUGUCAAUUGCAUUGUAAGUGGGAGAAAAGCAGUGCUUUGAAUGACACACACCUCUGGGGUUUCCUCUGCUGCCUGCCCUGAUGUGUGGGGAGAUAUAUUUACCAUGAACUCAGAAUUCAAUAUGUCCUGCAAGGCAGUUCAGACCAAUAUUUCUUCCUGCAGUUUGUUCUUUUUUAUAUAUUACCUAAGUAUAUGUAUAUGUUGUGUAAUACUCAUAAUCAGAAUGAAUAAAAUACUAUAUUCUUGCUUUGUAAA